AAAUGUGUCACUCGCUGUAACUUUGCAUUGGAAAACAGGAAAACGCGCGCUGUUUUCUAUAUUUUUGUAAUGUUGACGAAUUUUCUUGGAAUAACUGUAUAAUAAUUAUUAAAGGAUGACGAUAUUUCAUGACGAAAUUGAAAUUGAGGACUUCGACUAUGAUGAAGAGGAGGAAAUGUACUACUAUCCUUGUCCAUGCGGUGAUAGAUUUCAAAUUAGUAAGGAGGAGCUCAUGGCCGGGGAGGAAGUAGCGACAUGUCCCAGCUGUUCACUUGUUGUUAAAGUCAUAUAUGAUCUGGAGAAGUUCAAAGCGGAGGCAGAAGAAGUACACAAUGAGGAGGCGGACAAGGAAGUUGUGAAAGCUUAGUGCUCACUGUGAGACAUGACAGAGAAGAUGUGGCGAGUGUGAGUCACGGGGAGACAAAGAUGGCAUGAUCCAGAUGGGAUUUGAGUGCUGCCAGCCAAUCAACAUUGCUAGUGAAGGUGAUGUCUCUUGUU